GAACCCAGCCAAAAUAAUGUUUCGGAUCUCUGUUUAAAAAAAAUACUUAAAUCCAUAUUAAGUAUUGCAAAUUAUAUUUUCCUUAAAAAAAACCCUAGUCUUUAAUACAUUUUCCACUAGACUUAAAAUUGACAUUAAUUAAUAAACUAAUAAUAGUUUUCCUCGUCAUAUGAACAUUUAAAAUUGCAAUGGAUCAAAACGUAUAAAAUAAAAAAUAUUUUAAUCAAUAUUUUAUUUUGCUGUUACUAAUUGAUUGAAAUACCGUUUAUUUAUAGUAAAGAAAUAUGACAUCGAUAACAAUGUUUGAUCUUAUCGAAUAAUAGCCUAUUUAGUACCUACAUACAUACAUGUACCCGUUUGGAGAUAAUCUGUACAUUUACAAUCCGUAUAUGUAUGUAUUUCUUAACCAUUGCGUUUUAUAAACUCAAACCGAUUUCAUUCGAUUUUAUUAGAAUUUAUACAUAUUUUCUAAUAUUUCGUUAGUCUUUAAAAGUUUUUUAUUUUUAAAAUGUUUGCGGCAUAUGUUUCCAAUAACCCGACUUUUACUGGGUCCGAAUUGGAUUAUUAUAAAAUGGUAGCAGAAGCCGCCGAGUUAAUUGUCAUUGAAAAUGAGGAAUUAAAGCAAAAAAAUUAUGAACUUAUUUCCAAGUCAACUGUAUUUUUAAAUGAAAAUGAGGCAUACGCUGAAGAGGUCAGCAAGUUGGAAUUGGAAAAAAAAGAACUUAAAAAAGAAAAUUUAGAGUUACGCAAUCAAAUAAAUAUAUUGGAAAAGAAUAUAAUUUUUGAAAAAGAACAGGUAGUAGACUCUUUGAAGGACACAAAUAUCGAACCAAUAAUUAAAAAUUCGAUAAUCCUAAUUAAUAAAAUGGUCAGCGAUAAGAUGAACCAAAUUGAGGAUCAAGUUUGUGCUAAGUUUGAAAAUUUGAAUUAAAAUUUAAUAAAAUUUCAAAAUAUAAUUUAGAACUUGUGUAAUUGAAAGUAUAACACUUCUUUAAAUACUUAGCAUUCUUUUUUUUUU